UGAGAAUAUUUUUGAGACUUGUAUAAAAUCUUGGAAUACAGAGAAUAACUACUCGCAGAAAUCAUUUUCACUGGUACAGAGAGAGAGAAGAGAGAGAGAUGUCGGACGAGGAACACCACUUCGAAUCUAAGGCCGACGCCGGAGCGUCCAAGACCUACCCUCAACAAGCUGGUACCAUUCGAAAGAAUGGCUACAUCGUCAUCAAGAACAGGCCAUGCAAGGUUGUUGAAGUUUCCACCUCGAAAACUGGCAAGCAUGGACAUGCAAAGUGUCACUUUGUGGGGAUUGACAUAUUCAAUGGGAAAAAACUUGAAGAUAUUGUUCCUUCAUCCCACAACUGUGAUGUUCCUCAUGUUAAUCGUACCGACUAUCAGCUAAUCGAUAUCUCUGAAGAUGGUUUUGUGAGUCUUCUGACUGACAAUGGAAACACCAAGGACGAUCUGAGGCUUCCCACCGAUGAUAAUCUGCUUAGCCAGGUACCUCACUUUGAAACUCUACCGAGUUUAGACCUGUCCUUUUCAUAUAUUUUAACCAAAUGUAAUGGUGUUGUUUAUGAUGUGUAUAGAUUAAAGAUGGUUUUGCUGAAGGAAAAGACCUUGUGGUAUCAGUGAUGUCUGCAAUGGGAGAGGAGCAGAUCAAUGCCCUUAAGGACAUUGGUCCUAAGAAUUAAAUAUGAUCACAAUGAUGAUGAUGCUUUAGCAGUAGCUAUUGCUGAUGAAACAAAACUACAACUUUAUAGAUUUCUAUUUUACAAAAUUGAUUACAAUGUUGCUGACAGAAUGUUAUAUCAACCCUUUGUAUAAUGUUGUGUGCAAAAUAAAAUGUCUAGUUAAGAUGGUAUUAAAGCUAUGAAAUUACCUAAAA